GCGGCCGCCUGGCCGGUGGCGCCGGGGCCGUGGAAGGUCCAGUCGUGGCUGACAGCAGGCACGAGGCGCGCGGGCCGCAUCUUGCGGCGGUCGUGGAUGAAGAAGAGCAGGCGGAGGUAGACCAGGGGCUGUGGGGUCACCUUCUCCUCCUCUCUCCUGCCACCCCAAGUCGUCCGAGUGGCGUGUUAUGCAGUGGGGGAGCGCCCCGGCCUGGACCUCAAGCCGCCCACCUUCUAGUCCCGCCUCCCUCCCUAGAGCUGUGGCCUCAGGUCUCUCCCUGGUGCCACGGCCGCCGAGUGCGCCUCAAAUCUGAAGAAAAUCUACACAGUGCCAACAGUGCAGAUAUUCUGGAGUGUGUACAAUAACAUCCCCCCUGUGACCAGCCUGCCUUUGAGAUGUAGUUACCACUUAAUGAGAGGAGAGAGGCGACCGCUUUGGGAAGAGGACAGUAAUGCCAAGGGCGGCGUCUGGAAGAUGAAAGUCCCCAAGGACAGCACGUCCACGGUUUGGAAAGAGCUCCUGUUGGCCACCAUCGGGGAACAGUUCACCGGCUGUGCAGCAGCAGAUGACGAAGUCAUAGGAGUGAGUGUCAGCGUGCGGGACCGGGAAGAUGUCGUCCAGGUCUGGAAUGUAGACGCUUCCCUGGUGGGCGAAGCCACCGUCCUCGACAAGAUCCAUGAGCUCCUGCCCCACAUCUCCUUUAAGGCCGUGUUUUAUAAACCCCAUGAAGAGCAUCAUGCUUUUGAAGGUGGACGUGGAAAACACUAAUUGCACUCUAAA